GUGAAGUUAUACAAUUUAUAUGUAAUUUGUUGUAGACUAUACGCCUUAUAGUUAUUAAAUACUUAUAAUUUAAAAAUUUCUAAUAUUUAACAAUUACUUAUUUUAUAAUUUUAUUCAUAAUAUACAUAAUAUGUAUAUAUAUGUAUUAAAAUCUUAUUUUAGAUUUUUUAUUAAUAAUAUAAUUAUUAUAGGUAAAAGAAUAAAUUACUCUUUAAGGCAAUCAUACACAGGACGUUGUAAUGUUGCUACGGUGACAUAUAACACAAAAAAACCAGUUUACACUUACCACAAACUUAUCCACAAUAAGAGCCCUGGAAUUUUCACUAAAAAAAAAGAAGAAAGGAUAAUGUUAGCAGCACGAGCGACUACUUCAAGAAGACGUGGUAUAGUACGUAGACAGUUAUUUCCAGCAAAUAAAACAACAAUAGUGCGGUCAGAUCCUUCUUACGGAGACAAUGCUGAAAAACCUGAUAUGGCAGAGGAUGAUUUUGAAGCUGAAAAGGAAAAAAAAAAUUCUUCCUUAAUUUUAAACGAAGAAGAGAGGGCAACUUUAGAACGCGAAACUGUGGAUCAAAGUCUUUCGAACAAAUGGAUAGAACGACGAAGGAAAAUGCUCACAGCUUCUAAUUUUGGAAAAAUUAUUAAAAUGAGACAAACCACCGGCUGUCAGAGUUUUGUUCAAAAUCAUUUGUUUGGUGGAGUGACUACAACUGCCAUGGAGUAUGACAGUGAAAAUCCAUACUUAGGAGCUACUCCAGAUGGUCUAAUUGGUAGUGAUGGUAUAGUUGAAGUCAAAUGUCCUUUAUCGGCAGAGCAUUUAACGCCAGAAGAAGGUAUAAAACAAAAAAAGGUGGGCAAGUGGAUGUCGCUCUGCUGUACUGUAGGUUACAAGUGGGUCACUGUAUAAUGGAUGGUAUUAAAUUUGAAUUCAAUGAUAUAUCAUUGUAUAAGAAAAACGAUUCUGAGUGGAGACGAUAUGUCAGUCUAGGUAUAAGACAUAUUAUACACUUAUCUAUGGUAUUAAAAAAAAAAUUGACCUAUAAUAAAUUCCAAAUUAAUCAUAUCACAAUAUCCAUUAGGUACAUAUAACGCGUUAUACAUCAACAACAAACCGUGAUACUAUCA